CCUCGUUUUUCGGUUCUUGCUCAAGUGGACAGUUUCCUCAUUCUUUCCACCAAUAUGCCUCGACAGCCAACCCAAGCAAGCAGAAUCAAGGGUAAUGGCAGUAGCUCGUUAUGGUCUAAUACUGCCAAGACAGUGGUAUUGAUUGCUGCCUGUUUCAUGGUAAUGCAGGUGACAAAACUGAAACCAUCCUACUCUCGCUCUGCUAUGGUUGUCAACGGCACAGCUGCCAAUCAAGAACAAGCAAUACCUUUGUUUAAAAAACAGCUGGCUUGCAGCAAGCCAAUCUUGAGUGCCACUUCCAACUUGUCUACCUUCAUUGAUGCUGUGUUUCAUGGGCUCAACCAGGUUGUGGUGGGUCAAAGACCCAUUGAGUACAUUUCAGAACACUAUGAUACCCUCCAAGAUACUAUUCCCAAUGGAAACUGGAUUGAGUUUGGAGUCUACACAGGACACACUCUCAGAACAGCACACAGGAAGCUCAAGGCUUCCAAGAAGUUCAACGGCAAGCUUUUUGGAUUUGAUUCAUUUGAAGGAUUGCCAUCUGAUUGGCGGGGACCAUAUCAGGAAGGAGUCUUCAAGACUGACUAUCACCAAGUUCGAGCCAACAUGCCAGCAGAAAUUUGCUUGUACAAGGGAUGGUUUCAAGACACAAUACCCACUUAUAUUCAACAACAUCACCCCCAACAGCAGCCACUGGCAUUUGUACACCAUGAUGGUGAUCUAUUUGUCAGUACAACCAUUACCUUUCAAUUGCUUGGAAGGCUGAUACAACCAGGAACUUUGAUGUGUUUUGAUGAGCUUGUGGGGUACUCAGGAUUUGACAAGCAUGAGAUUCUGGCAUUGUAUCUCUGGAUGCACCAGUAUCACGCCAAGUUAUGCCCAGUGGCAUUCCUUGAGGCAUAUCCAAAAGAGGCCCAAUCAGGAGAACCAGAAAUGGGAGGUAUGAGCCAGAAUGCUUGCUUUCAAGUUGUGAAAAUGGAUUAACAUUGAGUAUUGAGCUGGAUUACUAUUGGGAUGAUAUGCAACCUUCUGCAACCCACAGAGUCUGGGGCAGACUCCAAGCCUCUGCCUCAGCUCCUCAGCACUCCAAUGACUGGGUAUUGGGUACAUACCAAUCUACAUCCUACUCAUCAACAACCUCAACGCAGGAAACCAUGAACAAUGGCUUGGAUGCAGGAUUUAGCCUACUAAGUCAGCGGGAGCUGCGAUACCUCGGCAGAAAGACAGAUAGAAAGAAGGAGGAUCAUGUUCGAGAUUGCACCCAUCUUUCAAGCCAGCCCUGGCGACAACACCCGACUACGUCGUGUGUUGCCGCCCAGUAUCAUUCAUUCCCUCAUUGCAACCUUCUUUAUUUUAAAAGCUAGCCCUGGCGACAACACCCGACU